AUGCGAACCUCUCUGUUGGCUUUCCCAGGGGAAGUGGAGGUUCCAGAUCCGAACGACCCUUUGGGACGACUUGACGGACCAGACAGCCCUCUUCCUACUCUGAAAGGUUACUUUCUGAAUUUUCUAGAGCCAGUCAACAAUAUCACCAUUGUCCAGGGCCAGACAGCGAUUCUGCACUGCAAGGUGGCGGGAAACCCACCUCCCAACGUGCGGUGGCUGAAGAACGAUGCCCCCGUCGUGCAAGAGCCGAGGCGGAUCAUUAUCCGGAAGACGGAAUAUGGCUCUCGACUGCGAAUCCAAGACCUGGACACAACAGACACUGGCUACUACCAGUGCGUGGCCACCAAUGGGGUGAAGACCAUUACCGCCACCGGGGUCCUCUACGUUCGGCUGGGUCCAACACACAGCCCAAAUCAUAACUUUCAGGAUGACUACCAGGAGGACGGAUUCUGCCAGCCUUACCGGGGAAUCGCCUGUGCACGUUUUAUUGGGAACCGGACCAUUUAUGUGGACUCUCUCCAGAUGCAGGGGGAGAUUGAAAACCGAAUCACAGCGGCCUUCACCAUGAUCGGGACCUCCACGCACCUGUCGGACCAGUGCUCGCAGUUCGCCAUUCCGUCCUUCUGCCACUUCGUGUUCCCGCUGUGCGACGCCCGCUCCAGGGCACCCAAGCCGCGGGAGCUGUGCCGCGACGAGUGCGAGGUGCUGGAGAGCGACCUGUGCCGCCAGGAGUACACGAUCGCGCGCUCCAACCCGCUCAUCCUCAUGCGCCUGCAGCUGCCCAAGUGCGAGGCGCUGCCGCUGCCCGAGAGCCCGGACGCAGCCAACUGCAUGCGCAUCGGCAUCCCGGCGGAGAGGCUGGGCCGCUAUCAUCAGUGCUACAAUGGCUCGGGCUCAGACUACAGAGGGACGGCCAGCACCACCAAGUCGGGGCACCAGUGCCAGCCCUGGGCCCUGCAGCACCCCCACAGCCACCACCUGUCCAGCACAGACUUCCCCGAGCUCGGAGGGGGGCACGCCUACUGCCGCAACCCCGGAGGCCAGAUGGAAGGCCCCUGGUGCUUUACGCAGAAUAAAAACGUACGCAUGGAACUGUGUGACGUACCCUCGUGUAGUCCCCGACACAGCAGCAAGAUGGGCAUUCUGUACAUCUUGGUGCCCAGCAUCGCCAUCCCCUUGGUCAUCGCCUGCCUCUUCUUCCUGGUCUGCAUGUGCCGCAAUAAACAGAAAGCGUCCGCGUCCACCCCUCAGCGGCGGCAGCUGAUGGCCUCGCCCAGCCAGGACGUGGAGAUGCCGCUCAUCAACCAGCACAAACAGGCCAAACUCAAGGAGAUCAGCUUGUCCUCGGUGAGGUUCAUGGAGGAGCUGGGGGAGGACCGGUUUGGCAAGGUCUACAAAGGCCAUCUGUUUGGGCCCUCCCAGGGGGAGCAGACCCAGGUGGUGGCCAUCAAGACGCUGAAGGACAAAGCGGAGGGCACGCUCCGGGAGGAGUUCAGGCACGAGGCCCUGCUGCGGGCUCGGCUGCAGCACCCCAACAUCGUCUGCCUGCUGGGCAUGGUGACCAAGGACCAGCCCCUCAGCAUGGUCUUCAGCUACUGCUCGCACGGCGACCUCCACGAGUUCCUGGUCAUGCGCUCGCCCCACUCAGACGUGGGCAGCACCGACGACGACCGCACGGUGCAGUCGGCCCUGGAGCCCCCCGACUUCGUGCACAUGGUGGCGCAGGUCGCCGCCGGGAUGGAGUACCUGUCCGGCCACCACGUGGUGCACAAAGACCUGGCCACCCGCAACGUGCUGGUGUACGACAAGCUGAGCGUGAAGAUCUCGGACUUGGGCCUCUUCCGCGAGGUGUACUCUGCCGACUACUACAAGCUGAUGGGGAGCUCGCCGCUGCCCAUCCGUUGGAUGUCCCCCGAGGCCAUCAUGUACGGCAAGUUCUCCAUCGACUCGGACAUCUGGUCCUACGGCGUGGUCCUGUGGGAGGUCUUCAGCUACGGCCUGCAGCCCUACUGUGGGUACUCCAACCAGGACGUGGUGGAGAUGAUCCGCAACCGGCAGGUGCUGCCCUGCCCGGACGACUGCCCUGCCUGGGUCUAUGCCCUCAUGAUCGAGUGCUGGAACGAGUUCCCCAGCAGGCGGCCGCGCUUCAAGGACAUCCACAGCCGGCUGCGGGCCUGGGGCAACCUGUCCACCUACAACAGCUCGGCGCAGACCUCGGGAGCCAGCAACACCACGCAGACCAGCUCCCUGAGCACCAGCCCCGUGAGCAACGUGAGCAACGCCCGCUACCUGGGCCCCAAGCAGAAGGCCCAGCCCUUCCCGCAGCCCCAGUUCAUCCCCAUGAAGGGCCAGAUCCGACCCAUGGUGCCCCCGCCCCAGCUCUACAUCCCCGUCAACGGCUACCAGCCAGUGCCCGCCUAUGGGGCGUACCUGCCCAGCUUCUACCCGGUCCAGAUCCCCAUGCAAAUGGCUCCACAGCAGGUGCCCCCUCAGAUGGUCCCCAAACCCAGCUCACACCACAGUGGCAGCGGCUCCACCAGCACGGGCUACGUCACUACGGCCCCCUCCAACACCUCCGUGGCAGACAGGGCCGCUCUGCUCUCGGAGGGCACGGAGGAGGCGCAGAACAUCCCGGAAGACGUGGUCCAGAGCCCCGUGCAGGAAGCAGAGGAGGAAGAGGAUGGCUCUGUCCCAGAGACGGAGCUCCUCGGGGACAAUGACACUCUGCAGGUGGACGAAGCACAAGUCCAGCUGGAAGCCUGAGGGGCACACAGGGCCCAGGCACCAGGAGAUGAGACCCCACUGGGACCCCACAGGGACUUGGACCCCCUUUGAGAGGUCACCGACCACAGUGAUCACCAGAGCCCAGGCACGGGAGGGCUGGUUUGCAGACUCAGUGACCGAAAAUCCUGCACCUGUCUUGUUCGUUCUCUGCGCUCAGAGCUGCCCCUGGGUCCUCCUGUUUGUCUGGAGGCCACACCUGUGCCUGAGCUGGGCAGGGGCCCCAGCAGUGUGACCUCUUCAGGAGCAGGACACAGUGAGCCCUGUCCUGCCUGCAUUCGUCCUGGUGCUGCAUCACUAGUGAGCUGCGUACUCCCUGCAGAAUCACAGGCAACAUCCUCACUCCGUAUGGUAUACGGAUCACGUCUUAGAAGUGUGGGGAGGACAGGUCUGUGAAGGGGUGGCAGGUGGUACCUCGGGCUCUGAGAGUCUCAUCCGCCAGCCUGCUGGUUCAAGGAUGGAGGGAGCGCCUUUCUCCCUGCUGCCUCCCAGCCAAAGAUGAGCAGGACAGCAUACUGCCACCUCCCAGGGUCCCAAGAAACAGGGGCUGCUGAAACGGGAGCUCCCGAUAUUCAAGCAAAAUGUGCCUUUAUAGAAACCCACACAAUCCUGUAUUUUUGUGAAAUGGCUUUAAUUAUAUUGCAUGUGUGUUUUGCCCACUCUGCUGGAAUUCAAGGGAAAAUAUUUCUUGGGUUUAGAAUGUUCAAAAGGAAGCAAUAUUGUACAGAACGCAGUAUUGUUAAUUUUUUUUUGUUUUUAAGAAUCAUGUACAGACCUUAAAUGUAAUUUAUAUGGUUUUUUUUUUUUUUUUUUGGUAUGCCGUUUUCAUGGAAGUAUUUUGAGCUUGAAUCAUGACUUAGUAAUUUAACUGUUUACAUGAUCCACUUUGGGACGCUGGUUGUACCGUGUGGAAGCGAGGUCCAUUCAUUUCAGAACCGCGAGACCCAGAGGCCAGCAGGCACGCUGUCUCUCCCCGGCACUCAUCCUUGCUCUGUCUGUAAAUCCCACACCGUGGUGUAUCCAAUAAAGUGAAACGGAACCUUCG